CCCCCUGGUGUGCAGCCUGGAGGAGGGACACAUCCUCUAGGCAGGGAGGGAGGGCAUAGCCACCAGCAGCCAGCGCAGAGCAGCGCGUGUGCGCCAACCCAAGCACCGGCCCACACCGGGCUGGGAUUGUUGUACUCUGUCACCCGGGCAUCCUGGCUCCUGCAGCCCUGCGGACAGAGGCGACCCGGCCACAAGGCCAGGGCUGCAGCGCACACCCGGAGCCGCACGCAGCCGGGAAGAGGCGUUCGCUGGCGUCACCUCGCAGCUUGGAACCUGAACAAGGCCGGAUCAAGGUUCUUGAGUCUACUUAAGAAGACAAGGAGAAGAGCGCGCGCUUCACAGGAUUUACAGCACUCCUUGCUGAUCACCAUGAGCACCCGGGAUUUGUCUGAGACUUGAGACAAGACUGUGUAUGCUCUCUGAAGCAGCCUAAUAUUCCCUGCACUGAGAUACUUCACUUGGCACUGGUUCCAUGCUACGAGAAAGACCAUGGCGACCUCCAGGGCAUCUUCCAGGUCCCAUCGGGACAUCACCAAUGUGAUGCAGAGGCUACAAGAUGAACAAGAGAUUGUACAGAAACGCACCUUCACAAAAUGGAUCAAUUCUCACCUGGUCAAGCGGAAGCCUCCCAUGGUGGUGGAUGACCUUUUUGAAGACAUGAAAGACGGCAUCAAGCUGCUGGCUCUACUGGAGGUCCUGUCUGGGCAGAAACUGCCUUGUGAACAAGGACACCGGAUGAAGCGCAUUCAUGCUGUGGCUAACAUUGGCACUGCACUCAAGUUCCUUGAAGGAAGGAAGAUUAAAUUGGUCAACAUUAAUGCUACUGAUAUUGCUGAUGGCCGUCCGUCAAUCGUUCUUGGGCUGAUGUGGACCAUUAUCCUGUAUUUCCAGAUAGAAGAGCUGACCAGCAACCUCCCACAGCUGCAGUCUCUGUCCAGCAGUGCCUCCUCUGUGGACAGCAUGGUGAGCACGGAGACUGCCAGCCCACCCAGCAAACGUAAGGCAGCCACCAAGAUCCAGGGAAAUGCCAAGAAGACCCUGUUAAAGUGGGUGCAGCACACAGCAGGCAAGCAGAUGGGAAUCGAAGUCAAAGACUUUGGGAAGAGUUGGAGAACUGGGCUGGCCUUUCAUUCAGUCAUCCACGCUAUCCGGCCUGAGCUGGUGGACCUGGAGAAGGUGAAGAGUAGAUCUAACAGAGAAAACCUAGAGGAUGCCUUCACGAUCGCUGAAACACAACUGGGCAUCCCCAGACUGCUUGAUCCUGAAGAUGUGGAUGUGGACAAGCCAGAUGAGAAGUCUAUUAUGACUUACGUGGCCCAGUUCCUAACACAAUACCCUGAUAUUCAUGGUGCAGGCUGCGACGUGCAAGAGAAUGAGAGGGAUGACAGACUAAUUUUGAAGGAAACAAAAGUUUGGAUAGAACAAUUUGAGAGAGAUUUGACAAGAGCACAGAUGACGGAGUCAAAUCUCCAGGACAAAUAUCAGUCAUUUAAGCACUUCAGAGUUCAAUAUGAGAUGAAAAGGAAACAGGUGGAACAUAUGAUACAGCCAUUGCAGAGAGACGGCAAACUGACGCUCGACCAAGCCUUGGUCAAGCAGUGCUGGGAGAGAGUGUCGUCCAGGCUCUUCGAUUGGCAUAUACAACUGGAUAAAUCUCUCCCUGCACCUCUGGGAACUAUAGGUGCCUGGCUAUACAGGGCAGAGGUGGCCCUGAGAGAAGAGAUCACUAUUCAGCAGGUCCACGAGGAAACAGCAAACACAAUCCAAAGGAAACUUGAGCAACAUAAGGAUCUGCUUCAAAAUACAGAUGCCCACAAAAAAGCAUUCCAUGAAAUCUACCGGACCAGGUCUGUCAAUGGAAUCCCAAUGCCUCCUGACCAGCUAGAGGACAUGGCUGAGAGGUUUCAUUUCGUGUCCUCCACAUCCGAGCUGCACUUAAUGAAAAUGGAAUUUCUCGAACUGAAGUACCGUCUGCUGUCCCUGCUGGUCCUCGCUGAGUCAAAGCUGAAGUCCUGGAUCAUCAAGUACGGGAGGCGAGAGUCCGUGGAGCUGCUGCUGCAAAGCUAUAUCUCUUUUAUAGAAAACAGCAAGUUCUUUGAACAGUACGAAGUGACCUACCAGAUCCUGAAACAGACAGCUGAGAUGUACAUCAAAGCAGACGGCUCAGUGGAAGAAGCUGAGAACGUGAUGAAAUUCAUGAAUGAAACCACCGCCCAGUGGAGGAACCUGUCUGUGGAAGUGCGGAGUGUGAGAAGCAUGCUGGAGGAGGUGAUCUCCAACUGGGACCGCUAUGGUGACACCGUGGCUAGUCUUCAAGCCUGGCUAGAAGAUGCAGAGAAGAUGCUAAGCCAAUCAGAAAAUGCCAAGAAGGAUUUUUUUCGGAAUUUGCCUCACUGGAUUCAGCAGCACACGGCCAUGAAUGAUGCUGGGAACUUCCUGAUUGAGACCUGCGAUGAGAUCGUUUCUCGAGACCUUAAGCAGCAAUUGCUCUUGCUCAACGGUCGAUGGAGGGAGCUGUUCAUGGAAGUCAAGCAGUAUGCAAGAGCAGACGAGAUGGACAGAAUGAAGAAAGAAUAUGCAGACGUCACUACCACCCUCUCUGGUUUUGCAACCGAAGCCCACAGAAAACUCUCUCAGCCUUUAGAAGUCUCUUUUAUCAAUGUCAAGUUAUUAAUUCAAGACUUGGAGGAUAUGGAGAAGAGGGUGCCUGUGAUGGACGCUCAGUACAAGAUGAUUGCCAAGAAAGCACAUCUCAUUGCCAAAGAAAGCCCCCAAGAGGAAGCGAAUGAAAUGCUUGCAUCCAUGUCCAGGCUUAAAGAACAGCUAUCCAAGGUCAAAGAAUGUUACUCCCCACUGUUGUAUGAGGCCCGGCAGCUGUCUGUUCCUUUGGAAGAACUGGAGAUGCAAAUCACGUCCUUUUACGACUCACUGGGCAAAAUCAACGAGGUUCUAUCAGUUCUUGAGCAAGAAGCACAAUCUAGUGCUCUUUUUAAGCAAAAACACCAGGAACUGUUAGCUUGUCAGGAGAACUGUAAGAAAUCCUUGGCACUCACGGAGAAGGUCAGCCAAAGUGUUCAGAAGCUCAUGUCCUUAAGUCAGGCCUUAAAGCACUGGGAUCACACAAAACUGCAGAAGCAGGUAGCAGAUGUGCAUCAUGCAUUCCAGAAUAUGAUCAAAAAAACGGGGGACUGGAAGAAGCACGUGGAAGCCAACACCCGUUUGAUGAAGAAAUUUGAGGAGUCUCGGGCAGAGUUGGAGAAGGUGCUCAGGGUUGCUCAGGAGGGCCUAGAGGAGAAAGGGGACCCUGAGGAACUCCUUCGGAGACACACGGAAUUCUUCAGCCAGCUGGACCAGAGGGUCCUCAAUGCUUUCCUAAAAGCCUGUGAUGAACUAACUGACAUCCUCCCAGAGCAGGAGCAGCAAGGCCUGCAGGAGGCUGUUCGGAAGCUACACAAACAGUGGAAGGAUCUCCAGGGAGAGGCCCCUUAUCAUUUGCUCCAUUUGAAAAUCGCUGUGGAGAAGGACAGAUUCUCAGCUGCUGUGGAGGAGUGCAGAGCUGAGCUGGAGCGAGAGACCAGGCUGGCUCCACAGGAAGGCAGCGAGAAGAUCAUCAAGGAACACAGGGUUUUCUUCAGUGACAAGGGUCCUCACCAUCUCUGUGAGAAGAGGCUACAGCUCAUAGAGGAACUGUGUGUGAAACUCCCAGUCCGGGACCCAGUAAGGGACACAUCUGGAGCCUGUCAUACAGCUCUCAAAGAGCUCAAAGCUUCCAUUGACAACACUUACAUGACGCUUGUGGAUGACCCAGACAAGUGGAAGGAUUAUACUAGCAGGUUUUCUGAGUUUUCCUCUUGGGUGUCUGCAAAGGAGGCAUGGUUGAAGAAAGUCAAGGAUACGCCCAUUGACACUGGCAACCACGAUGAGGUUAAGCACAUGGUAGAUGACAUCAGAAGUGACAUUACCAAGAAAGGAGAGAUUCUCAGCUGGCUGAAAUCCAGGCUUAAGCAUUUGAUUGAUGUUUCUUCAGAGAACGAAGCCCAAAAGCGAGGGGAUGAGUUGGCAGAAUUAUCAAGCUCUUUCAAGACUCUCAUGGCUUUACUGUCAGAGGUUGAAAAGAUGCUAAGCAACUUCGGAGAAUGCGUUCAGUACAAAGAAAUCGUGAAAAGUUCCCUUGAGGGGUUGCUGUCGGGGUCUGAAGAAAGCAAGGAAGAGGCUGAGACAAUCCUAGACACAGAAAAUCUGUUUGAGGCACAGCAGUUGCUCCUGCAUCACCAGCAAAAGACAAAGAUGAUCUCGGCGAAGAAGAGAGACCUCCAGCAACAGAUGGAGCUGGCGCAGCAGGGUGGGCAGUCAGGCCCAGGUCAAGAGGAGCUGCGGAAACUGGAGAGCACCCUCUCGGGCCUGGAGCAGAGCAGGGAGAGGCAGGAACGUCGCAUCCAGGUGAGCUUGAGAAAAUGGGAGCGGUUUGAGACAAACAAGGAGACGGUGGUCAGAUAUCUUUUCCAGACAGGUUCCAGCCACGAACGCUUCCUGAGCUUUAGCAGUUUGGAAAGCCUGUCAUCAGAGUUGGAGCAGACAAAGGAGUUUUCUAAGAGGACAGAAAGUAUUGCCACCCAGGCUGAGAAUCUUGUCAAGGAAGCUGCCGAGAUGCCAUUGGGGCCCCGGAAUAAACGCCUGCUUCAGCAGCAGGCCAAGUCAAUCAAGGAGCAGGUCAAAACCCUAGAAGACACACUUGAAGAAGAUAUUAAAACCAUGGAAAUGGUGAAAUCCAAGUGGGAUCAUUUUGGCAGUAAUUUUGAGACCCUGUCCAUCUGGAUAACGGAGAAAGAAAAUGAACUCAAUUCCUUGGAAACGUCAGCGUCUGCCACGGAUGUGCAGAUCAGCCAAAUCAAGGUCACAAUUCAAGAAAUAGAAAGUAAAAUUGACAGCAUUGUAAGGCUAGAAGAAGAAGCCCAGUCCUUUGCCCAGUUUGUCACCACGGGAGAGUCUGCUCGGAUCAAAGCCAAGUUGACCCAGAUACGAAGAUACUGGGAAGAACUCCAAGAGCAUGCCCGGGGCCUAGAAGGGACAAUCCUGGGCCACCUAUCCCAGCAGCAGAAGUUUGAAGAGAAUCUGAGAAAGAUCCGGCAAUCUGUGUCUGAAUUCGCAGAGAGGCUGGCUGAGCCGAUUCAAAUAUGUUCCUCAGCGGCAGAGACAUACAAAGUUCUCCAGGAGCAUAUGGAUCUCUGUCAGGCCCUAGAGUCCCUCAACAGCACGGUUACCAUGUUCUCAGCCAGUGCCCAGAAGGUGGUAAACAGAGGCUGCACCCAGGAGGCUGCAGCCCUACAGCAGCAGUAUGAGGAGAUUCUGCACAAAGCCAAAGAGAGACAGAAGGCCCUGGAGGACCUGCUGGUUCACUGGCAGAGGUUGGAAAAGGGACUGUCACCCUUCCUGACCUGGUUAGAGCGAUGCGAAGCCAUAGCAAGGUCACCAGAAAAGGACAUUUCUGCAGACAGAGCCAAAGUAGAAAGUGAACUGCAGUUAAUACAGGCCCUGCAAAAUGAAGUCCAGUCCCAGGCCUCACGCUACAGCAGUCUCCUGCAGCUGAAGGAAGCCCUGUUCUCAGCAGCCUCACAAGAGGAUGUGGCGAUGAUAAAGUUGCAGUUGGCACAGCUGGACGAACGCUGGGGAGACUUACCUCAGAUAAUCAGCAAAAGGAUGCGCUUCCUCCAGUCCGUGCUGGCUGAGCACACACAGUUUGAUGAACUGCUGCUUACCUUCUCUGUGUGGAUCAAGCAGUUUCUCAGCGAAUUGCAAAGGACUUCAGAGAUAAAUUUAAGGGACCAUCAAGUGGCUCUUACUCGGCACAAGGACCAGGCUGCAGAAAUAGAGAAGAAGAGAGGAGAGGUAAAACAUCUUCAAGGUCACUUAGCGCAGUUGAGGAGUCUGGGCAGAGCCGAGGACCUUCACCCACUGCAGAGCAAGGCUGACGACUGCUUCCAGCUCUUCGAAGAGGCCAGCCAGGUCGUGGAAAGGCGGAAGCUGGCUCUGGCACAGCUGGCAGAGUUCCUCCAGAGCCAGGCCUGCCUGUCAAGUCUUCUCCAGCAGCUCAGGCAGACAGUGGAAGCCACCAGAAGCAUGAGUAAGAAGCAGUCCGACGCCCUCAAGAAGGACCUUCGCGAUGCCAUUCAAGACGUGAAGACAUUAGAAUCCAGUGCCAUCAGUCUCGAUGGCACCCUGACCAAAGCCCAGUGCCACCUGAAAAGUGGGAACCCUGAGCAGAGGACUUCCUGCAGAGCCACCACCGACCAGCUCGCUUUAGAAGUAGAGAGGAUCCAGAACCUUCUGGGAACCAAGCAGAGUGAGGCGGAUGCCCUGGUGGCGUUGAAAGAUGCAUUCCAGGAACAGAAAGAGGAGCUUCUGAGGAGCAUUGAAGACAUUGAAGAGAGGACCGACAGGGAGCGGCUGAAAGAGCCCACCCGUCAGGCGCUGCAGCACAGGCUGAGAGUGUUUAACCAGCUGGAGGAUGAGCUGAACUCCCAUGAGCAUGAGCUCUGCUGGCUGAAAGACAAAGCAAAACAAAUCGCCCAGAAGGACGUUGCGUUCGCGCCUGACGUGGAUAGGGAGGUGAACCGCUUAGAGGCGACCUGGGACGACACCAAAAGACUAAUUCAUGAAAACCAGGGCCAGUGCUGUGGACUCAUUGACUUAAUAAGAGAAUAUCAGAACUUGAAGUCAGCAGUGUGUAAAGUUCUGGAAGAUGCAAGCAAUGUCGUUGCGAAGAGAGCUACCAUUAAGGACAAGGAGGAUCUUAAGUGGGCUUUUUCCAAGCAUGAAACUGCCAGGAAUGAAAUGAAUUCUAAACAGAAAGAGUUGGAUAGUUUUACCAGCAAAGGCAAACACUUGUUAUCUGAGCUGAAAAAAAUCCACAGUGGAGAUUUCAGUCUGGUCAAGACAGACAUGGAGAGCACCCUGGACAAAUGGCUGGAUGUCUCAGAGAAAAUUGAGGAAAACAUGGACAGGCUGAGAGUGAGCCUGUCCACCUGGGAUGACGUCCUUUCAAGUAAAGAUGAGAUCGAAGGAUGGUCCAGCAGCUCUCUCCCACAGCUGGCGGAAAACAUCAGCGACCUAAACAACAGUCUCAGAGCUGAAGAGUUCCUGAAAGAACUGGAGUCUGAAGUUAAAAACAAAGCCUUAAAAUUGGAAGAACUGCAUUCCAAAAUCAACAAUCUUAAAGAACUAACGAAAAAUCCAGAAACGCCAACGGAACUUCAGUUUAUAGAAGCAGACUUGAGGCAGAAGCUGGAACACGCCAAAGAAAUCGCCGAGGAAGCAAAGGGAACCCUGAAGGAUUUCACGGCUCAGAGUACCCAAGUGGAGAGGUUUGUCAAGGACAUCACAGCCUGGCUGAUCAACGUGGAGGAAUCGUUGACCAGAUGUGCCCAAACGGAGACUUGUGAAGGGCUGAAGAAAGUCAAGGACAUACGAAAAGAACUUCAAAGUCAACAAAAGAGCAUCAUCUCCACCCAGGAAGAACUCAACGCUCUGUGCCGGAAGUACCACUCGGUGGAGUUGGAAAGCCUGGGCCAGGCAAUGACUGGGCUAAUAAAGAAACACGAAGCCACAAGCCAGCUGAGCUCCCAAACCCAAGCCAGCAUACAGGACGCUCUGGAAAAACACUUCAGUGGUUCUAUGAAAGAAUUCCAAGAAUGGUUUUUAGGAGCAAAAGCAGCAGCCAGAGAGGCUUCUAAUCUAACUGGUGACAGCCAAGUUCUCGAAGCCAGGCUCCACGACCUUCAGGGUGUUCUGGAUUCACUCAGUGAUGGGCAGAGCAAGCUGGAUGCUGUGACUCAGGAAGGACAAACUCUGUACGCACAUCUGCCCAAGCAGAUCAUUAGCAGCAUCCAGGAACAAAUCACAAAAGCCAAUGAAGAAUUCCAAGCUUUCCUGAAACAAUGCCUUAAAGAUAAGCAGGCUCUCCAGGACUGUGUUUCAGAGCUGGGGAGCUUUGAGGACCAGCACAGAAAACUGAACUUAUGGAUCCAAGAGAUGGAAGAAAGGUUACACACAGAAAACUUGGGGGAGAGUAAGCACCAUCUUUCUGAGAAGAAAAACGAAAUCCAUAAAGUCGAGAUGUUCCUGGGAGAACUUCUGGCUGCCAGAGAGUCCCUCGACAAGCUCUCCCAGAGAGGGCAGCUUCUCAGCGAAGAGAGCCACGGUGCAGGGAAGGGAGGCCGCCGGAGCACCCAGCUCCUGACCAGCUACCAGAACCUUCUCAGAGUAACGAAAGAGAGGCUGCGCGGCUGUCAGCUGGCCCUGCAGGAGCACGAGGCUCUGGAAGAAGCCACCCGGGUCAUGUGGUCCCGGGUGCAGGAUGUGCAAGACAGGAUGGCUUGUGCAGAGAGCACUCUUGGGGACAAGGAGACGUUGGAGGGGCGAUUGUCGCAGAUCCAGGACAUUCUCCUUAUGAAAGGUGAAGGAGAGGUAAAGUUGAAUCUGGCCAUUGGCAAAGGGGACCAGGCCUUAAGGAGCAGCAACAAGGAGGGUCAGCAGGCGAUUCAGGAUCAGCUGGAGGUGCUCAAAAAGGCGUGGGCUGACGUCAUGAGUUCGGCUGUCCACGCGCAAAGCGUCCUGGAGUCUGUGAUUGACCAAUGGAAUGACUAUCUGGAGAAGAAAAGCCAGUUGGAGCAGUGGAUGGAAUCAGUGGACCAGAAAGUAGAGCAUCCUUUACAGCUGCAGCCGGGGCUCAAGGAGAAAUUUUCCCUGCUGGACCACUUUCAGUCCAUUGUCUCCGAGGCGGAAGAUCACACUGGAGCUCUGCAGCAGCUAGCAGCAAAGUCCAGGGAGCUCUACCAGAAGACCCAGGAUGAGUCCUUCAAAGAGGCUGGCCAGGAGGAACUGAGAACACAGUUUCAGGACAUAGUGACUGUGGCCAAGGAGAAAAUGAGGACAGUAGAGGACCUUGUGAAAGAUCACCUCAUGUACUUAGAUGCUGUCCAGGAAUUUACAGAUUGGCUCCACUCAGCCAAGGAAGAGCUUCACCGCUGGUCGGACACAUCUGGGGACUCAUCAGCCACCCAGAAAAAGCUGUCGAAAAUCAAGGAGCUGAUAGAUUCCAGAGAAAUCGGUGCAGGACGCCUAAGCAGAGUGGAGUCGCUGGCCCCGGCCGUGAAACAGAACACAGCUGCCAGUGGGUGUGAACUUCUGAACGCCGAGAUGCAGGCCCUGCGCGCCGACUGGAGGCAGUGGGAAGAUUGCCUCUUCCAAGCACAGAGCAGCCUGGAGAACCUGGCCAGUGAAAUGGCUCUGUCCGAGCAGGAGUUCCUCGGCCAGGUGGCCCGACUCGAGCAGGCCCUGGAACAGUUCAGCACCCUUCUGAAAACCUGGGCACAGCAGCUCAGCCUCCUGGAAGGCAAGAACACGGAUGAGGAGAUAGUGGAAUGCUGGCAUAAAGGGCAAGAGAUCCUGGAUGCUCUACGAAAGGCAGAGCCUAUGACAGAGGACCUCAAGUCUCAGUUGAAUGAACUUUGCCGGUUUUCCAGGGACCUGAGUCCAUACAGUGGGAAAGUCUCAGGCUUAAUUAAAGAAUAUAAUUGUCUCUGUCUGCAAGCUUCCAAGGGCUGCCAGAAUAAAGAGCAGAUUUUGCAAGAAAGAUUUCAGAAGGCCUCCAGGAACUUCCAGCAGUGGUUGGUUAAUGCAAAAAUCACCACCGCCAAAUGUUUUGAUCUACCUCAGAAUCUUAGUGAAGUUUCUUCCAGUCUUCAGAAGAUACAGGAGUUUCUGUCAGAAAGUGAAAAUGGGCAGCAUAAACUAAACACGAUGCUGUCCAAAGGGGAGCUGCUGAGCCCUCUGCUGACCAAAGAGAAAUCACAAGCUGUCCAGGCCAAAGUCCUAACCGCAAAAGAAGACUGGAAAAAUUUUCAUGCAAAUCUCCACCAAAAGGAAUCUGCUUUGGAGAAUCUAAAGAUCCAGAUGAAAGACUUUGAAGUGAGCGCAGAACCUGUGCAGAACUGGCUGAGUAAGACGGAGAGGCUCGUGCAGGAGAGCAGCAGUCGCCUCUAUGACCUGCCUGCCAAGAGGAGAGAACAGCAGAAGCUGCAGUCUGUCCUUGAGGAGAUACAGUGCUACGAGCCUCAGCUCCACAGGCUGAAGGAGAAAGCUCAGCAGCUGUGGGAGGGACAAUCGGCAAGCAAGAGCUUUGUGCACAGAGUGUCGCAGCUGUCUUCUCAGUAUCUAGCGCUAAGCAAUGUAACUAAGGAGAAAGUGUCCAGGCUGGACAGAAUUGUGGCUGAGCACAACCAGUUCUCCCUGGGCGUUAAGGAACUGCAGGACUGGAUGUCGGACGCGGUUCAUAUGCUGGAUUCGUACUGCCUCCCCACGUCGGAUAAAAGUGUGCUGGAUGGCAGAAUGUUGAAACUGGAGGCCCUGUUGUCAGUGAGACAGGAAAAAGAGAUUCAGAUGAAAAUGCUCGUGACCCGGGGGGAGUCUGUUCUGCAGAGUACCUCUCCGGAAGGCAGCCCUGCGGUUCAGCAGCAGCUGCAGGCUGUGAAGGAGAUGUGGGAAUCCCUCUUGUCUGCGGCAAUUCGGUGUAAGAGUCAGCUGGAAGGAGCACUCUCAAAGUGGACACAUUAUCAGGAUGACGUGCGGCAGUUCUCCAGCUGGAUGGAUGGUGUGGAAGUCAGCCUGACCGAAUCAGAAAGACAGCACACAGAGCUAAGAGAGAAAAUAGCCGCUCUGGGGAAAGCCAAGCUAUUAAAUGAGGAAGUGUUGAGUCAUGGCAGCCUGCUGGAGACUAUUGAAGUCAAGAGAGCAGCUAUGACGGAGCAUUACGUCACCCAGUUAGAACUGCAGGACCUGCAGGAACGGCAUCAAUCUCUCAAAGAGAAGGCCAAGGAAACAGUGAUAAAAUUAGAGAAACUGGUCCGCCUUCACCAAGAGUACCAGAGAGACCUAAAGGUGUUUGAGAGUUGGCUGGGGCAAGAACAAGAGAAACUUGACCGAUGCUCAGCGCUUGAGGGCGACACCAGCACUCACGAGACAACGUUGCGAGAUCUUCAGGAGCUUCAAGUGCGCUGUGCUGAGGGUCAGGCCCUGCUGAACUCAGUACUUCAUACCAGGGAGGAUGUGAUCCUGUCAGGCCUCCCCCAGGCGGAAGACAGAGUGCUGGAGUCUCUUCGUCAGGACUGGCAGGCGUACCAGCACAGGCUGGCUGAGACCCGGACGCAGUUCAACAACAUUGUGAACAAACUGAGGCUGAUGGAGCAGAAGUUCCAGCAAGCUGACGAAUGGCUCAAAAGGAUGGAGGAGAAAGUGACCUUCAGGAGCGAAUCCCAGAGCAGCCGGUCCGCCAAGGAGAUCCAGUUGCUUCAGCUCAAGAAGUGGCAUGAAGACCUGUUGGCACACAGAGAUGAGGUUGAGGAGGUGGGAACCAGAGCCCAGGAGAUCCUGGAUGAGAGCCACGUAAGCAGCAGGAUGGGCUGCCAGGCCACCCAGCUGACGUCCCGGUAUCAGGCCCUGCUGUUGCAAGUGCUGGAGCAGAUAAAAUUCUUAGAAGAGGAAAUCCAGUGUCUGGAAGAGACAGAAUCCUCCCUCAGUUCCUAUUCGGACUGGUAUGGCUCCACUCAUAAAAACUUCAAGAAUGUGGCUACCAAAAUCGAUAAAGUCGAUGAAGCAAUGAUGGGGAAAAAACUGAAGACGUUGGAGGUUUUAUUAAAAGACAUGGAGAAGGGCCACAGUCUGCUGAAAUCUGCUCGAGAGAAAGGGGAGAGGGCCGUGAGAUUCCUGGAGGAGCCUGAGGCCGAGGUGCUAAGGAAGGAGAUCCACACCCACAUGGAGCAGCUGAAGAACUUGACGAGCGCCGUCCGGAAGGAGCACGUGAGCCUGGAGAAAGGCCUUCACUUAGCCAAAGAGUUCUCAGACAGAUACAAAGUGCUGACCCAGUGGAUGUCAGAACACCAGGAAGUCCUGCGCAUGCCCGAAGAAGCCAAAAUGGAGCUAUAUGAGAAAAAAGCGCAGCUAUCCAAAUACAAGUCACUCCAACAAAUGGUGCUGUCCCAUGAGCCGUCUCUGAACUCGGUGCAAGAGAAGGGUGAGGCGCUUCUGGAACUGGUACAGGAUCAGACCUUAAAGGACAAGAUACAGAAACUUCAAAGUGACUUCCAGGACCUCUGCAGCGCAGGAAAGGAGCACGUCUCCAGUCUGGAAGCAAAAGUCAGAGACCACGAAGACUACAACAGUGAACUCCAAGAGGUGGAGAGAUGGCUGCUGCAGAUGUCUGGCCGGCUGGUGGCACCUGACCUUUUGGAGACGAGCAGCCUAGAGACUAUUACCCAGCAGCUGGCCCAUCAUAAGGCGAUGAUGGAAGAAAUAGCAGGUUUCGAAGACCGCCUAGACAACCUUAAGACCAAAGGUGACACUUUGGUUGGCCAGUGCCCAGACCACCUGCAAGGAAAGCAGAAGCAGUGUGUACAGGCUCACCUGCAGGGCACAAAGGACAGUUACUCAGCAAUCUGCAGCACAGCCCAGAGGGUAUACCGCAGCUUGGAAUAUGAACUUCAGAAGCACGUCAGCAGGCAAGACACUCUGCAGCAGUGCCAGGCAUGGAUCUCUGCGGUCCAGCCAGACCUGAAGCCCAGCCCGCAGCCACCUCUCAGCAGGGCAGAAGCUGUUAAGCAGGUCAAACACUUCAGAGCUUUGCAAGAGCAGGCAAGGACCUACUUGGAUCUCCUUUGCUCCAUGUGUGACUUGUCAAACUCCUCAGUGAAAAACACAGCAAAAGACAUUCAGCAAACAGAGCAGCUGAUUGAGCAACGGCUGGUCCAAGCACAGAACUUAACUCAGGGCUGGGAAGAGAUCAAGAACCAGAAGGCAGAGCUCUGGAUUUACCUGCAGGAUGCAGACCAGCAGCUGCAGAACAUGAAGAGGAGGCACGCCGAGCUGGAGAUGAAGAUUGCGCAGAACAUGGUCUUGCAAGUGAAGGAUUUUGUUAAGCAGCUACAGUGCAAGCAGGCCUCUGUGAGCACCAUCGUGGAAAAGGUGAACAUGCUAACAAAGAACCAGGAGUCCCCUGAGCUCAAGGAAAUAAGCCACCUGAAGGACCAGUGGCAAGACCUUUGCCUCCAGUCUGACAAGCUGUGUGCACAGAGAGAACAGGACCUCCAGAGAACCAGCAGCUACCACGACCACAUGAGUAUCGUCGAAGCCUUUCUUGAAAAGUUUACUACAGAAUGGGACAACCUGGCCAGAUCUAAUGCGGAAAGCACAGCUGUCCACUUGGAGGCUUUGAAGAAGCUAGCCUUGGCCUUACAGGAGCAAAAGCAUGCCAUCGACGACCUGAAAGACUGCAAACAGAAACUGACAGAGCAGCUGAGUCUCGAUGACAGAGAGCUGGUGAGAGAACAGACCAGUCACUUCGAGCGACGGUGGUUUCAGCUCGAGGACCUCGUCAAGAGGAAAAUCCAGCUGUCGGUCACCAACUUGGAGGAAUUAAAUGUGGUCCAAGCCAGAUUCCAGGAGCUGACGGAGUGGGCUGAAGAGCAGCAGCCUGCCAUUGUGGAGGCCCUGAAGCAGAGCCCACCUCCUGACAUGGCUCAGCACCUCCUCACGGACCACCUGGCCAUCUGCAGUGAGCUGGAAGCCAAACAGGCGCUCCUCAAGUCCCUGACGAAGGAUGCAGAUCGCGUGAUGGCUGACCUAGGCCUCAACGAACGGAGGGUGAUCCAGAAGGCGCUCUCAGAGGCUCAGAAGCAUGUGAGUUGUCUCAGUGACUUAGUGGGCCAGCGAAGGAAGUACUUGAACAAGGCUCUGUCUGAGAAAACCCAGUUUCUCAUGGCAGUCUUUCAGGCCACCAGCCAAAUCCAGCAACACGAGCGAAAGAUCAUGUUCCGGGAAUAUAUCUGCCUACUUCCGGAUGACGUGAGCAAGCAGGUCAAAACGUGUAAGACUGCCCAGGCCAGCCUCAAGACCUACCAAAAUGAAGUCACUGGACUUUGGGCACAGGGUCGGGAAUUAAUGAAAGGAAUAACAGAGCAAGAACGGGAUGAGGUACUGGGGAAGCUUCAGGAGUUGCAGACCGUCUAUGACACGGUUUUGCAAAAAUGCAGUCACAGGUUGCAAUCGCUAGAGAAGAGUCUGGUUUCUAGAAAGCAUUUUAAGGAAGAUUUUGAUAAAGCCUGCCACUGGCUUAAACAAGCAGACAUUGUCACAUUUCCUGAGAUCAAUCUCAUGAGCGAGAAGAUUGACCUCCAAGCUCAACUGGACAAAUACCAAAGCAUUCUGGAACAAUCUCCUGAGUAUGAAAACCUUCUACUCACACUGCAAACCACUGGGCAGGCCAUGCUGCCAUCACUCAAUGAAGUUGAUCACUCCUACCUCAGUGAAAAACUCAACGCUCUGCCCCAGCAAUUCAAUGUCAUCGUCGCCUUGGCUAAGGAUAAAUUCUAUAAAAUCCAGGAAGCAAUUUUGGCCCGGAAGGAAUAUGCUUCUUUGAUCGAGUUGACAACCCAGUCUCUGGGUGACCUGGAGGACCAGUUUCUAAAGAUGAGGAAAAUGCCUUCAGACCUGAUUGUCGAGGAGAGUUUGUCUCUUCAAGAGAGCUGCAGAGCCCUUCUGGGUGAGGUGGUGGCCCUUGGGGAAGCUGUAAAUGAACUGAACCAGAAAAAAGAGAGUUUUCGCAGCACAGGUCAGCCUUGGCAGCCAGAGAAGAUGCUACAGCUGGCCACCCUGUAUCACAGGCUGAAGCGGCAGGUAGAGCAAAGGAUCAGUUUGUUGGAAGACACCACCGGCGCUUACAAAGAGCAUGCGCGGAUGUGCAGGCAGCUCGAGAGUCAGCUCGAAGUGGUGAAGAGAGAGCAGGCCAAAGUGAACGAGGAAACGCUGCCUGCCGAGGAGAAGCUCAAGGUGUACCACUCACUGGCAGGCAGCCUGCAGGACUCGGGGAUUCUGCUCAAACGCGUGGCCGCACACCUGGAAGACCUUUCUCCACACCUCGAUCCCACGGCUUAUGAGAAAGCCAAGGGUCAGGUCCAGUCCUGGCAGGAGGAGCUAAAACAGAUGACGUCUGACGUCGGGGAGAUGGUGACAGAGUGCGAGAGCAGGAUGGUACAGAGCAUAGACUUCCAGACUGAGAUGAGCCGUUCCCUGGACUGGCUCCGGAGGGUAAAGGCAGAGCUCAGUGGGCCUGUGUGCCUUGACCUCAGCCUCCAGGACAUCCAGGAGGAGAUCAGAAAGAUCCAGAUCCACCAGGAGGAGGUCUUGUCCAGCCUGAGGAUAAUGAGUGCUUUGAGUCACAAGGAGCAAGAGAAGUUCACCAAAGCCAAGGAGCUGAUUUCUGCAGACCUGGAACACACGCUGGCUGAGCUCCAGGAGCUAGACGGAGACGUGCAGGAAGCGCUGCGCACCCGGCAGGCAACCUUGACCGAAAUAUACAGUCAGUGUCAAAGGUUUUAUCAAGUGCUCCAAGCAGCUAAUGAUUGGCUGGAGGAUGCCCAGGAAAUGCUACAGCUGGCAGGCAACGGCCUGGAUGUCGAGAGUGCGGAGGAAAACCUCAAAAGUCACAUGGAGUUUUUCAAAACAGAGGGUCAGUUCCACAGCAAUGUGGAGGAGCUCCGAGGUCUUGUGGCUAGGCUGGACCCACUCAUCAAACCAACAGGGAAGGAAGAGCUGGCACAGAAGAUGGCUUCUCUGGAAAAGAAGAGUCAGAAGGUUAUCCAGAGCUCCCACACCCAGCGGGACCUCCUGCAGAGAUGUGCGGUUCAGUGGCAAGAGUAUCAGAAAGCCAGGGAAGGGGUGAUCGAGUUGAUGAAUGAUGCGGAGAAGAAGCUGGCGGGGUUUGCAGUGUUAAAGACAUCUUCCAGCCACGAAGCCGAAGAAAAGCUGUCAAAGCACAAGGCUUUAGUGUCUGUAGUUGACUCUUUCCAUGAGAAAAUUGUGGCUCUGGAGGAAAAAGCAUCACAACUAGAGCAGACCGGAAACGAUGCGAGCAAAGCGACCCUAAGCAGGUCGAUGACCACUGUCUGGCAGCGCUGGACGCGUCUCCGUGCUGUGGCCCAGGACCAGCAGAAGAUUCUGGAAGACGCAGUAGAUGAGUGGAAGCGCUUGAGCGCUAAGGUCAAAGAAACCACAGACGCGAUCAGUCAGCUCCAAGGUAGACUACCUGGAAGCUCAACAGAGAAAGUGUCAAAGGCAGAGCUCAUGGCCCUCCUGGAAAGUCAUGACACGUAUUUGAUGGACCUGGAGCGGCAGCAGCUGGCCCUGGGUGUGCUACAGCAGCGAGCAUUAAGCAUGCUGCAAGACGGAGCCCUCCCUGGACCCGAGGAAGAGACGACCAUGCUGCAGGAGAUCGCUGCGCUGCAGGACCAGUGUCUCAACAUGCAGGAGAAAGUGAAGACUCAUGGCAAACUGGUGAAGCACGAGCUCCAAGAACGGGAAGCAGUGGAGACUCGCAUUAAUUCUGUGAAGUCUUGGGUUCAAGAAACAAAGGACUACUUAGGGAAUCCAACAAUGGAGAUCGACACACAACUAGAAGAACUGAAGAGCCUCCUAGCUGAAGCCAUCAGCCACCGAGAGACCAUUGAGAAAAUCGCAGAAGAACAGAAGAAUAAGUACUUGGGUCUCUACACAAUCUUACCAUCUGAAAUCUCCCUUCAGCUAGCUGAAGUUGCAUUAGACCUGAAGAUCCAUGAUCAGAUCCAAGAGAAGGUACAAGAAAUUGAGCGGGGCAAGGUCAUGAGCCAGGAGUUUGGCCUCCAGAUUCAGAAGGUUGCCAAAGAUCUCACAACUAUCCUAACAAAGCUGAAAGCCAAAACGGACGAUCUAGUUCAAGCUAAGGCUGAGCACAAGGUGCUGGGGGAGGAGUUAGACGGCUGCAAUUCCAAGUUAAUGGAGUUGGAUGCUGCUGUACAGACAUUCUCGGAACAGCACGGUCAGCUGGGCAAGCCGCUGGCCAAGAAGAUAGGCAAGCUGACUGAGCUCCACCAGCAAACCAUCAGGCAGGCUGAGAACCGGCUGUCCAAACUCAACCAGGCGAUAUCCCACUUGGAAGAGUACAAUGAAAUGCUUGAAUCUGUUCGGAAAUGGAUGGAGAAAGCUAACAUCUUAGUGCAUGGAAACAUCGCCUGGAAUUCAGCAAGCCAGCUCCGAGAACAGUACAUCUUGCACCAGACACUGUUAGAAGAAUCUGAUGAAAUUGACAGCGACCUGGAAGCAAUGGCUGAGAAAGUGCAAUACCUUGCCAAUGUGUACUGCACGGGAAAGUUAUCACAGCAAGUGACACAGUUUGGACGGGAGACAGAGGAGUUACGGCAGGCUAUCAGAGUUCGUUUGCAGAGCCUCCAAGAUGCAGCCAAGGACAUGAAAAAGUUUGAAGGAGAGCUAAGAAACUUGCAGGCGGCUUUGGAACAAGCCCAGACAAUUCUGACUUCUCCCGAAGUGGGGCGCCUUAGUCUCAAGGAGCAGCUGUCCCAUCGACAGCAUCUGCUGUCUGAGAUGGAGUCACUGAAGCCAAAGGUGCAAGCCGUGCAGCGUUGCCAGAGUGCUCUCCGGAUCCCCGAGGACGUGGUCGCCAGCUUGCCCCUGUGCCACGCUGCCCUGCGGCUGCAGGAGGAAGCCAGUCAGCUGCAGCACACGGCCAUCCAGCAGUACAACAUCAUGCAGGCAGAAAGAAACAUAUUCUCCAUUUUCCCCCCAAAGGAGGCUGUAGUGCAGUAUGAACAGUACAAGCAGGAAAUGAAGCAUCUUCAGCAGCUGAUAGAAGAGGCUCACAGAGAGAUCGAGGACAAACCCAUGGCCACCAGCAACAUCCAGGAGCUCCAGGCACAGAUCUCUCAGCAUGAGGAGCUGGCGCAGAAAAUCAAGGGCUACCAGGAGCAGAUCGACUCUUUGAAUUCCAAAUGCAAGAUGCUGACGAUGAAAGCCAAGCACGCCACUAUGCUGCUGACCGUGACAGAGGUCGAGGGACUGGCUGAAGGGACGGAGGACCUGGACCAGGAGCUCCUCCCCACGCCUUCGGCCCACCCUUCCGUAGUCAUGAUGACUGCAGGUCGCUGUCACACUCUGCUGUCACCUGUCACUGAAGAGUCUGGGGAGGAGGGCACCAGCAGUGAGAUGUCCUCUCCACCUGCCUGUCGCUCCCCAUCACCUGUGGCUAACACGGAGGCGUCUGUUACCCAGGACAUUGCGUACUACCAAGCUCUGUCCGCCGAGGGGCUGCAGACAGAAGCUGCAAGAAUUCCCCCCAGUGCCGCUGUAGCCCAAGAGUUGUAUGAGCCAGGACUGGAGCCUUCAGCUACUGCCAAGCUGGGUGACUUACAACGUUCCUGGGAAACCUUAAAAAACGUGAUCAGUGAGAAACAGCGGACUCUCUACGAGGCUUUGGAGCGCCAGCAGAAGUACCAAGACUCUCUCCAGUCCGUCUCGACCAAAAUGGAGGCCAUGGAGAUGAAGCUGGGAGAAAGCCUCCAGCCCGGCCGGAGUCCAGAAAGCCAGAUGGCCGAACACCAGGCCCUGAUGGACGAGGUGCAGAUGCUGCAAGAUGAGAUCAGUGGGCUCCAGGCGGCUCUUGCGGAGGAGCUGGUGGCCGAGUCUCAGGAGUCGGACCCCGCGGAGCAGCUAGCCCUGCAGUCCACGCUCACUGUCCUGGCUGAGCGGAUGUCCACCAUCAGGAUGAAAGCAGCGGGCAAGCGGCAGCUUCUGGAGGAGAAGCUAAAUGAUCAGCUGGAGGAGCAGAGGCAGGAGCAGGCUCUGCAGAGGUACCGCUGUGAGGCGGAUGAGCUGGACCACUGGCUGCUCAGCACCAAGGCCACCCUGGAUGUUGCACUGGGUACCCAGGAGCCCAUGGACAUGGAUGCCCAGUUGGUGGACUGCCAGAACAUGCUCGCGGAAAUAGAGCAGAAAGUGGCGGCCCUGUCGCAGCUGUCUGUGCACAAUGAGAACCUGCUGUUGGAGGGCAAGGCUCACACGAAGGAUGAGGCGGAACAGCUGGCCGUGAAGCUGAGGGCUCUCAAAGGGAGCCUCGUGGAGCUGCAGAGGGCCCUGCACGACAGACAGCUCAACAUGCAGGGAGCCACACAGGAGAAAGAAGAGACCGAUGUUGACUUCGCAGCCACUCAGAGCCCGGGAGUCCAGGAAUGGCUCGCUCAAGCCCGCACCACGAGGACCCACCAGCGGCAGAGCAGCCUCCAGCAGCAAAAGGAGUUCGAACAGGAGCUGGCUGAGCAGAAGAACCUCCUGCGCUCAGUAGCUAGCCGUGGAGAGGAGAUUCUAACCCAGCAUUCCACCGCAGAAGGCUCAGGUGGCCCUGGUGACAAACCUGAUGUGUUAUCCCAGGACUUGGGGAUGGAAGGGGCGAAGUCGUUGGCUGAAGAGCAGAUGAGAGCGAAGUGGGAAACCCUACAGCAAGAGUUUAGUGCCAAGCAGAAGCUGCUACAGAAUGUUCUGGAACAGGAACAAGAACAAGUGCUAUACAGCAGUCCCAACAGACUCCUGUCAGGAGUCCUACCAUUCAGAGGGGACGCACAGACUCAAGAUAAGUCUUCGGUGACGUCCUUGCUGGAUGGACUGAGCCAGGCCUUCGGAGAGGUGUCCUCACAGAGUGGAGGGACAGACAGACAGAACAUUCACUUGGAGCAGAAGUUGUAUGAUGGAGUCUCAGCCACUUCCACCUGGUUGGAUGACGUCGAAGAGCGUUUAUUUGUGGCCACGGCACUUUUGCCAGAAGAAACAGAAGCUUGUCUCUUCAACCAGGAGGCUCUUGCCAAGGACAUUAAGGAAAUGUCUGAAGAAAUGGAUAAGAACAAGAACUUGUUUUCCCAAGCCUUCCCAGAGGACAGCGACAACCGGGAUGUCAUUGAAGAUACUCUGGGCUGUCUCUUGGGCAGAUUAUCCCUGCUGGAUUCAGUAGUGGAUCAACGAUGCCAUCAGAUGAAAGAAAGACUCCAGCAAAUCCUCAGUUUCCAGAAUGACCUGAAGGUGUUGUUUACAUCAUUAGCUGACAACAAAUACGUCAUUCUGCAGAAGCUGGCAAACGUUUUCGAACAGCCCAUUGUGGAACAGAUGCAGGCCAUCCAACAGGCUGAGGAAGGACUGAGGGAACUCGAGGGUGGAAUCUCGGAGUUGAAACGGCGGGCGGACAAGUUGCAAGUGGAACAGUCUGCCCUGCAAGAACUCUCCAAGCUCCAGGACAUGUAUGAUGAGCUAUUGGUGACUAUCAGUUCCCGGAGGAGCAGCCUCCACCAGAACCUUGCUCUCAAGAGUCAGUAUGAUAAGGCUCUACAAGAUCUGGUAGACCUGCUGGACACUGGGCAGGAGAAGAUGGCGGGGGACCAGAAGAUCAUCGUAUCCUCCAAAGAAGAAAUCCAGCAACUGCUCAGCAAGCACAAGGAAUACUUCCAGGGUCUGGAAUCACACAUGAUUUUGACAGAAAUACUCUUCAGAAAGAUCGUUGGCUUUGCAGCUGUGAAGGAAACUCAGUUCCACACGGACCGCAUGGCUCAGGCCUCUGCUGUGUUGAAGCAGGCUCACAAGAGAGGGGUGGAGCUUGAGUACAUCCUAGAGAUGUGGUCCCAUCUGGAUGAGAACCGCCAGGAGCUCAGCAGACACCUGGAGGGGAUAGAAAGCAGCAUCCCGAGUGUGGGUCUGGUGGAGGAGAGCGAGGACAGACUUGUGGAAAGGACAAGCCUCUACCAGCAUUUAAAAUCCAGCCUUAAUGAAUACCAACCCAAACUGUAUCAAGCACUGGAUGAUGGGAAGCGACUUUUGAUGUCUGUCAGCUGUUCAGAGCUUGAAAGUCAGCUAAAUCAGCUGGGCGAGCGCUGGCUCAGUAAUACAAACAAAGUGUCCAAGGAGCUUCACAGACUGGAGACCAUACUGAAACACUGGACCAGGUACCAAAGUGAAGCCUCGGAUCUGAAUCACUGGCUACAGUCCGCGAAGGACAGGCUGGCAUUUUGGACUCAACAAUCUGUGACGGUUCCACAGGAGCUGGAAAUGGUCCGGGAUCAUCUCAAUGCUUUCCUGGAGUUCUCCAAAGAAGUCGACGCCAAGUCUUCCCUCAAGUCGUCAGUCACAAGCACAGGAAAUCAGCUGCUUCGAUUAAAGAAAGUGGACACAGCUGCCCUGCGUGCUGAGCUGUCCCGCAUGGACAGCCAGUGGACUGACCUCCUGACAGGCAUUCCUGUUGUGCAGGAGAAGCUCCAUCAGCUCCAGAUGGACAAGCUGCCUUCCCGCCAUGCCAUUUCUGAGGUCAUGAGUUGGAUCUCACUCAUGGAAAGUGUCAUCCUGAAGGAUGAAGAAGACAUUAGAAAUGCCAUCGGUCACAAGGCGAUCCACGAAUACCUUCAGAAAUACAAGGGUUUCAAGAUAGACCUUAACUGCAAGCAGCUGACGGCGGACUUCGUGAACCAGUCGGUGCUUCAGAUCAGCAGUCAGGAUGUGGAGAGCAAACGCAGUGACAAGACAGAUUUCGCCGAGCAGCUCGGAGCGAUGAACAAAAGUUGGCAGGUCUUGCAAGGCCGAGUGGGUGAGAAGAUCCAGAUGUUGGAAGGCUUGUUGGAGUCGUGGUCAGAGUAUGAAAACGGUGUACAGUCUCUGAAAGCUUGGUUUGAAAACCAGGAGAGGAAGCUGGAAGAGCAGCGUCAAAUUGGUGAUCAGAAUUCUGUUCAGAAUGCACUGAAGGACUGUCAGGAACUGGAAGAUUUGAUUAAAGCAAAAGAAAAGGAGGUAGAGAAAAUUGAGCAGAACGGACUUGCAUUGAUUGAGAACAAGAGGGAGGAGGUCUCUGGCAGUGUCAUGAGCACCCUGCGGGAUCUCCGGCAGGCCUGGGCCAGUUUAGACCGCACGGCUGGACAAUUAAAGAUACAGCUAACAUCAGCUCUUGGCCAGUGGAGCAGUCACAAAGCAGCCUGGGAUGAGAUCAACAGUCACCUCAUGGAGGCCAGAUACUCCCUGUCCCGAUUCCGUUUGCUGACAGGCUCCUCCGAGGCUGUACAAGUUCAGGUCGACAAUCUUCAGAAUCUUCAUGAUGACCUAGAAAAGCAGGAAGGAGACUUAGAGAAAUUCGGCUCUAUCACCAACCAGCUGUUGAAGGAGUGUCACCCACCUGUGGCAGAAACCCUCUCCAGUACUCUGCAGGAAGUCAACAUGAGCUGGAAUAAUUUGCUGGAAGAGAUCGCCGAACAGCUGCACUCCAGCAAGGCCCUCCUUCAGCUCUGGCAGAGAUACAAGGACUACUCAAAGCAGUGUGCUGCUGCGGUCCAGACCCAAGAGGAACAGACCAGUGCGCUGUUGAAGGCAGCCGCGAACAAGGACAUCGCGGACGAUGAAGUCACCAAGUGGAUUCAGGAUUGCAACGACCUUCUCAAGGGGCUGGAGACAGUCAAGGACUCACUCUUCGUCCUCCGGGAGCUGGGAGAGCAGCUUGGGCAGCAGGUGGAUGCUUCUGCAGCCGCAGCCAUUCAGUGUGAACAGCUCUGCCUCAGCCAGCGCCUGGGGGCCCUGGAGCAGGCGCUUUGCAAGCAGCAAGCGGUGUUGCAGGCUGGAGUUGUUGACUAUGAAACAUUUGCCAAGAGCUUAGAAACCUUAGAGGCCUGGAUCGUGGAAGCUGAGGGCAUCCUCCAGGCACAGGACCCCACCCACUCCUCCGACCUCUCUACCAUCCAGGAGAGGAUGGAGGAACUGAAGGGACAGAUGCUAAAGUUCAGCAGCAUGGCUCCUGAUUUAGACCGCCUCAACGAGUUGGGGUACCGGUUACCCUUGAAUGACAAGGAGAUCAAGAGGAUACAGAACCUGAAUCGCCACUGGUCCCUGACCUCUUCUCAGACCACAGAAAGAUUCAGCAAGUUGCAGUCCUUCUUGCUGCAGCACCAGACUUUCUUGGAAAAGUGUGAGACGUGGAUGGAAUUCCUGGUUCAGACGGAGCACAAGUUGGCAGUGGAGAUCUCAGGCAAUUAUCAGCAUCUUUUGGAGCAGCAGAGAGCACAUGAGCUUUUUCAAGCGGAGAUGUUCAGCCGCCAGCAGAUCCUGCACUCCAUCAUUGUUGAUGGGCAGAAUCUUCUAGAACAAGGUCAAGUUGAUGACAGGGAAGAGUUCAGCCUGAAGUUGACGCUCCUCAGUAACCAGUGGCAGGGAGUGAUUCGCAGGGCCCAGCAGAGACGAGGGAUCAUUGACAGCCAGAUUCGCCAAUGGCAACGCUAUAGGGAAAUGGCUGAGAGGCUCCGUAAAUGGUUGGCUGAGGUGUCUCAUCUGCCCCUGAGUGGUCUUGGAAGCAUCCCAGUACCACUGCAACAAGUGAGGACGCUCUUUGAUGAAGUGCAGUUCAAAGAGAAGGUGUUCCUGCGCCAGCAAGGGAGCUACAUCCUGACGGUGGAGGCUGGCAAGCAGCUCCUCCUCUCUGCUGACAGUGGCGCCGAGGCCGCCUUGCAGGCCGAGCUCACAGACAUCCAAGAGAAGUGGAAGGCGGCCAGCAUGCAUCUGGAGGAGCAGAAGAAAAAGCUGGCUUUCUUGUUGAAAGACUGGGGAGAAUGUGAGAGAGGGAUAGCCCAUUCUCUGGAGAAGCUUCGAACGUUCAAAAAGAAGUUAUCUCAGCCUCUACCUGACCACCAUGAGGAUCUCCACGCGGAGCAGCUGCGGUGUAAGGAGCUAGAGAACGCAGCCGGGAGGUGGACGGAUGACCUGGCAGAGCUAGUACUGCUGAGGGAUGCCCUGGCUGUCUACCUCAGUGCCGAGGACAUCUCCAUCCUGAAGGAACGAGUGGGGCUUCUGCAAAGGCAAUGGGAAGAACUCUGUCACCAGGUCUCCCUAAGACGACAGCAAGUGAGCGAGCGCCUGAACGAAUGGGCUGUCUUCAGCGAGAAGAACAAGGAGCUGUGCGAGUGGUUGACCCAGAUGGAGAGCAAAGUCUCUCAGAACGGAGACAUCCUCAUCGAGGAGAUGAUAGAAAAACUCAAGAAGGAUUAUCAAGAGGAAAUUGCUGUUGCCCAAGAGAACAAAACCCAGCUCCAGCAAAUGGGAGAAAGGCUUGCUAAAGCCAGCCACGAGAGCAAAGCCUCUGAGAUUCAGUACAAGCUCAGCAAAGUGAACGACAGGUGGCAGCAUCUCCUGGAUCUCAUCGCAGCCAGGGUGAAGAAGCUCAAGGAGACCCUGGUGGCUGUGCAGCAGCUGGACAAGAACAUGGGCAGCCUGAGGACUUGGCUGGCCCACAUGGAGUCAGAGCUGGCCAAGCCCAUAGUCUACGAGUCUUGUAACUCCGAAGAAAUACAGAGGAAACUGAGCGAGCAGCAGGAGCUUCAGAGAGACAUCGAGAAACACAGCACCGGCGUCGCCUCCGUCCUCAACCUAUGUGAGGUCCUGCUGCACGACUGUGACGCCUGUGCCACCGACGCUGAGUGCGACUCCAUCCAGCAGGCCACUCGCAACCUGGACCGGCGGUGGAGGAACAUCUGCGCAAUGUCCAUGGAGAGGAGACUCAAAAUUGAGGAGACAUGGCGACUGUGGCAGAAGUUUCUGGAUGACUAUGCUCGGUUUGAAGACUGGCUGGAGAUCUCCGAAAGGACGGCUGCCUUCCCCAGUUCUUCUGGGGUGCUCUACACAGUUGCCAAGGAGGAGCUGAAGAAGUUUGAGGCUUUCCAGCGGCAGGUCCACGAGAGCCUGACCCAGCUAGAGCUUAUCAACAAACAGUACCGGCGCCUGGCCCGGGAGAAUCGCACCGACUCUGCCUGCAGCCUCAGGCAGAUGGUCCACGGAGGCAACCAGAGAUGGGACGACCUUCAGAAGCGCGUCACCUCCAUCUUGCGCAGGCUCAAGCAUUUCAUUAGCCAGCGUGAGGAGUUCGAGACUGCUCGGGACAGCGUUCUUGUCUGGCUCACAGAGAUGGAUCUGCAGCUCACCAACAUCGAACAUUUUUCUGAAUGUGACGUUCAAGCUAAGAUAAAGCAGCUCAAGGCUUUCCAACAGGAGAUCUCCCUGAACCACAAUAAAAUUGAGCAGAUCAUCGCCCAGGGGGAGCAGCUGAUAGAGAAGAGCGAACCACUGGAUGCCGCCGUCAUCGAGGAGGAGCUGGAUGAACUCCGACGCUACUGCCAGGAGGUCUUCGGACGCGUGGAAAGAUAUCACAAGAAACUCAUCCGCCUGCCCCUACCAGAUGACCAUGACCUCUCGGACCGAGAGCUAGAUCUCGAGGACUCCGCAGCUCUUUCAGACCUACACUGGCAGGACCCCUCUGCAGAUGGCAUGCCCUCCCCACAGCCUUCUUCCAACCCCUCCCUCUCCCUUCCUCAGCCCCUCCGGAGUGAGCGGUCAGGGCGAGACACUCCAGCCAGCGUGGACUCCAUCCCUCUGGAAUGGGACCACGAUUAUGACCUCAGUAGAGACCUGGAGUCAGCAUCUCGCACUCUGCCCUCAGAAGACGAAGAUGGUGAGGAAGACAAGGAGUUCUACCUCAGGGGAGCUGUUGGCCUGUCAGAUGUAGUGAUCCCUGAGAACCCCGAGGCCUAUGUAAAACUCACAGAAAAUGCAAUCAGAAAUACUUCGGGGGAUCCCAGCUCAUUGGAGUCACAGAUGAGGCAACUGGACAAAGCCCCGGAUGACAGCCACUUCCAGAUCCAGCAAACCGCAAAUAUCCUCAGAAGCAAAACUCCCACAGGGCCAGACCUGGACACCAGCUACAAGGGCUACAUGAAGCUGUUGGGUGAGUGCAGCGGCAGCAUAGAUUCCGUGAGGAGACUGGAGCACAAGCUGACGGAGGAAGAGAGCUUUCCUGGCUUUGUCAACCUCAACAGCACAGAAACCCAGACAGCUGGUGUGAUUGACCGCUGGGAGCUCCUGCAGGCCCAGGCCAUGAGCAAGGAGCUAAGGAUGAAGCAGAACCUUCAGAAAUGGCAGCAAUUUAAUUCUGACCUCAACAACAUCUGGGCCUGGCUAGGAGAGACCGAGGAGGAACUGGACAGGCUCCGGCACCUGGCGCUCAGCACCGACAUCGACACCAUAGAGUCUCACAUCAAAAAGCUCAAGGAGCUCCAGAAAGCCGUGGACCACCGCAAAGCUGUCAUCCUCUCCAUCAACCUCUGCAGCUCGGAGUUCACCCAGGCCGACAGCAGGGAGAGCCAGGACCUGCAGGAUCGCUUAUCCCAGAUGAACGGGAGGUGGGACCGAGUGUGCUCUCUGCUGGAGGACUGGAGGGGUUUGCUGCAGGAUGCGCUCAUGCAGUGCCAGGAAUUCCAUGAGAUGAGCCAUGCACUGCUUCUCAUGCUAGAAAACAUUGACAGAAGGAAAAAUGAAAUUGUCCCAAUUGAUUCAACCCUUGACCCCGAGACGCUUCAGGACCGUCACAAGCAACUCCUGCAAAUAAAGCAGGAGCUACUGAAGUCCCAGCUCAGAGUGGCCUCCCUACAAGACAUGUCUCGCCAACUCUUGGUGAAUGCCGAGGGUUCAGAUUGUCUAGAAGCCAAAGAAAAAGUCCAUGUGAUUGGAAACCGGCUCAAACUUCUCCUGAAGGAGGUCAGCCACCAUAUCAAGGAUCUGGAGAAGUUACUAGACAUGUCAAACAGUCAGCAGGAUUUGUCUUCAUGGUCUUCUGCAGAUGAGCUGGACACCUCAGGAUCCGUGAGUCCCACGUCCGGAAGAAGUACCCCAAACAGACAGAAAUCGACACGAGGCAAAUGUAGUCUCUCCCAGCCUGGACCCUCUGUCAGCAGCCCAAAGAGCAGGUCCACAAAAGGUGGCUCCGAUUCCUCCCUUUCUGAACCCAAGUCCGCACGGGUGGGCCGAGCCUUCCUCUUCCGGGUCCUCCGGGCAGCUCUUCCUUUUCAGCUGCUCCUGCUGCUGCUUAUCGGACUCACCUGCCUUGUACCCAUGUCGGAGAAAGACUACAGCUGUGCCCUCUCCAACACCUUUGCGCGAUCGUUCCAUCCGAUGCUCAGAUACACCAACGGUCCUCCUCCACUCUGAAGCAAGCAGAUAUCCCCGCACAGGCACGGGCAGCAAGAGGGGAAGCAGGCCCAAAGCAACCCCAGGCUCUCAGAGAAGACGUGAUCUUGGCAGAGGUCCUUAUACGGCAGCUUCAGUUCUCCAUACCUGUGUGUAAGAAAAGAAAAAAGAAAAAAAAAGAGCCUUCAGACAAAUGGACGGUAAACAACAGCAGAGGAACAAACAUGGGAUUGGUACUGUGUCAUUUGACACUCUGAGCCUUAAUACUAAAGAAAUUAAGGACAUAUAAUAUUCCCUGGACCCAUGUAGUCUGGGCCUUUGGCAUAGCCAAUGGCUCUCUCUAUUGGGCCAUCUGGGCAGCUUUCCUGUCACAGGAAAUAUUAAAAAGGAACCUGCCACCUCUCCAUGCUCCUGCUUCUCUCAACCUGCCAACUCCCCUGUGCCACUGGGCCACAGGGGUCCCGCCAAGUGCUCUCAACUUGUUGGUCCCUCAGCCCCCUAACUCUCUGGUGGAGGCGCCUGAGUUCCUCUCGCUACCACACAACGCCCCCCACACCCUACAGUCAGCCAUCAUAUCACCCACUUACACAGUAGAAUUAAAACUCUUAAUGCUUAUGGUUAACCAAUCAGAUUUAUGUACCAAAAAAAAAAAAAAUCACAAUUUACAAGAUGCCGAUACAAUAAUUUCAGAGCCAAUUGAUAAUGAUAAAAGCUUUAUUCCAAUUAUUCUAGCCUUAUGAUAUCAUAACUGUGGCUGGUUCUGGCCACACUGGUUCACAUCCACCUCCAUUCUCCUUCCUUCCUUCUCCCUUGAAAUGCUCUCUGUCUCCCUUUUCCUUGUCAAAUCACAGGCCUCCUCUGAACUAACAUAAUCGGACAGGAAAAAUCCUGCACAUAUCACCCUUUCUGUUUAAUUAAAAAAAGAAACUUUAUCUCAAAAUAUAAAUUGAGUACAACUAUUACCGUUUUGUAAUUUAUAAAGUACAAGAUAGACCUAACACCCAGUCCAUCAUUUUUGUCAUUAAAAAUAGAAUACUCUGUCAUCUGUCCUAACUUAAAAGACUAUAAUUCUACACCUGACUUAUGUCCUGGCUUUAGAUUGUGAUCUGAAAACCAUCCUCUCAAAUCUGUUUUCUCAAAGUAAAUAGCCUGGGUUGGCUAGCAGACUAUGUAGUUUUUCAACCGCAUCAGAAAUCUAAGAAUAACUGAUAUUACCUGAAAAUAUGAGAAGCACAAAAUAACGCUUCCAAAACUUAGUCAAUUUAUAGAGACCUGGAGUCCCUAACUUGAAAAUAUUGGAGCAUUGGUCUUCAGUCUUCUGGCCCAGGAUCAUCUGCAGACCUUAGAGAAACAGGAAACUAAGGACUAGCCUAUUCUGCCUCAGCAGAACCAAGCUGUCCUAACCUGUAAUUGUGUCCUGUUUCGGACAGUAUUAUGUCUGUCAAUGAAAUGAGGCAAUUCUUGCCUAGUUGCUGUCUUGUCACAUCUGGAGUAGCUUCAUAAAUGCUUAAUUUCUUCUUUGAAUCCAAGAAAGGGAAAGCUGUCAGAAGAAGACUAGUCUCAACAAGUGAAUAACAUUAAAUGUCACAUUCUGUGGAUUUCUGACAUUUUUGAAAACCCAACUAUCUAUGUAAAGAAAUCUGGACUGCUCUCUGAUAACUACUCUCAACUAUUUCUAAUGAAAAUAUCUUAAAAUACCCUAACAAUAAACUCAGAGCUAUGAAUUUGCAAUUCGGCCCCUAACUCACUGUCUUCAACAUCUCAGAUCAGUUUAUAAUAGUUCUAGAAGGACUGGGUCUAAGCCUUGUACUUUCAAAUUUUUAGUAUCGAUAGAAGAAAUUUGUACGAAUUAAAACCUUGAUUUUGUAUCAAAAUAAAUUUUGUAUCAAAAUAAGUAAUUAUGACUUCAGCUUAGUAACAGUGAUUUCUACCAAGUUAGAUUAUGUCCAAUGUAAUCAAUGUCUAUGUAAUCCUAGCUAUUCCUCCCUGUUCCAGUAUGACCAUCUCUAUAUUCCCUAGAAAACCUAUAAAACCUCUAGCCCCAAAGCCCAGGGAACUGGGUCUACGACUCUUCAUAACUUCAAGAUGAAUAUGGGUGUUGAGAUAUGAAGGGAGGGGAGGGGAGAGGAGGGAAAUAGGAUUGAUUAGUCUCUGAUGUCUGUGUCUUGACUGGAUCUGGCUGAAUAUCCAGGACAUCAGGAAUUCAAGCAGAUCAGUCCAGCAUGACUGACGAGAUUUACCAAGGUUCUAUAUAUCACAAUUUAUAAGAUGCCAAUACAAAAUCUCAGAGCCAAUUGAUAAUGGUAAAAGCUUUCCCCAUUUAUUUUAACCUUAUAACUGUGACUGGUUCAAGCCACGCUGGUUCCCAUCAGCCUCCAUUCUUCCUUCCUUCCUCCCUUGAGAUGCUCUCUGUCUCUGCAAUUCUUAGCUCCACCUCCCUUUUCCCUGUCCAAUCACAGGUCUCCUCGGCACGAAUGUAAUUGGGCAGGGAAAAAUCUGCAACACUUCCUAUGGUGCUGCUCGGAUCAACCCAAAAGCCUCUCUCCCAGACACCACGUCAGUACAAUCUACCAACCCACCCCUGCUGGAGGCUUUAGAACCUCCGCACACACCAGUUUUAGGAACAUACAUGGCAGCUUCCUUUCUAUCUUGUUUUCUUUGGGGCAUGAUGUUUUGAUGUUGCUUUAGAGGCAUAAGCUGUAAAUCUGAAAGGCACUUUUUUUUAAGAAAACAAAAGAUAUAAAGAAAAUCUGGAUGUAAUAAAUAAAAUCAUGGAAAGCUUUAUGUGAAGAAAAUUGAAUGUUAUAGUAUAAAAAAGAUAUUUAUGUAUGUACAGUUUGCUAAAGCCAAGUUUUUGUUUGUUGAUUUCUUUGCAUUUAUUAU